UACCGUAUACAAAAAUUCCUGUCUUGCGUGAACACGAGAUGAUUUGUACACCGAAAUGUCCUUUUGUUCUUGGUAUAAAAUAGCACCUUGUAGCCUUCAAAUAAAGAGAUAAGGAGAGACAGUGAGUUGCUCUAAUUGUUGUUCUUUAUCGGGACUUAUUGCAGUGACACAAGAAUGAAGGAGGAGGAAUUUAAUUCAUCUCCAAAAAAAUAUGCAGAAGCUGAAACUGAUGAUGCGACUAAGUUUAACAACUCCCUGCAAGAACUAAAGGACUUGUGCUCUCAGCUUCACCAUGCUGCAGAUUAUUGUGAGAAAUCUUUUCUAAAGGCAGAAGAGAAAAAAGAUGUAGUGGAAAACACAAAAGAGUACCUGUGCAGAGCUGUUGUUACAGUGGUCGAUCAUUUAGGAUGUGUAUCAGCUAAACUUGAAUGCCGGAUUGCCAAGAUUGACACAGCUUCUGAAACAGAACUUCGGAUUGAUAGCUUGACUCAAAGACUUGCAACCUGCCAACAAUACUCUCACAAGCUUGCUCUCUCAAGGUUUUGUUGGACAACUGAUUUAUCAACAUAUCAUCGUCGCUACAUAUCACCACCAACUCAAGAUCUCAGGAGAAAGAAAGAAAUGCCAAGGGGAUUCAGUAUACCAAUUGACAAUAAGACUCUAGACAAAGAUGAAUUUGAGGCAGAAGAAGAUGUGCCACUAUUUUUAUACACUUGCAACUACAAGCCUUCUCUACUUGAAGAUUCGGAGCAAAAGUCUAGCUUUUCACCUCCAGUGCUACCUGUUCGUGACGGCCUAUCUGUAGUACCAAAAGCACAAAGUUCCAACUUUGAAUUUCAGAAGGCUCGAAAGCUAAAACGAAAGUUAUUAAAUUGGAGACCGAUGCAUAAUAAGGACAUUAGGUCACUCAUUCAACGGGGUAAAAGAAUAGUAACAUGAACUUAUGAAGAGUCUGAGACUGAGAGUUAAAUCCAUUCAAGAUUUUAUAGUCAUAAUGCAGGCUUCAAGUUAUCAGUAUCGAAAAUAUGUAGUAUUACUCUUGUUUUGCAAAAUUUGUACAUUAUAAAGGGGACUUAGUAGUA